CGCGCAUUGUGCUUGAAUUAGGAGCGCAGCUCGGGGCAUCGCGUCUGGUGGUGCUGCGAGGUUCAGCCUACCGAAGAUCUUGUGUGUCCUGGUCUUGUGUGGUUGAUGGGGAGUGCUGAGAGCACAUCGGCGGAGGAGGAGCAGGUGGAGAUGGAACUCAAAGACAUGGAGCAGGGUACGGUACGCAGGCAGGCAGGCAGGCCUGUUAGUGCUGUGGGAGGCUCAUCGGCCUCACGCUUUUCUCGUUUCUUCCUUCUUGCGUCGCGUCUGACAGGUGUGUUGCAGGAUGACAAUUUUCCAUGGUUCCACAUCGUGCAGUGGUGCAGCGAGGAGGUGUCGUCGGACACCGUGUUCCGCUGGUCGCUGGACGAGGUCCGCGAAAGAGUGCUGCGGCUGACCGACAGCGUCGAGUCGUUUCUGGAGCAGUGCCCUCCGGCUGACCUACCCGACUUCACACUCGAUGACACCACCACAUUCGUAGAAUGGUAUGGUCAGUCAGACAGACAGACAGACAGACAGAUAGAUAGAUAGAUAGAUAGAGGAGGGCAGGGAGAGACAGCGCACGUGUGAGUGUCUGUGUGGUGAUGAGUGUAGGGCUGGUGCGUUGUUGGAGCAGCUGCCGUCGCUCAAGGAGGUGCGGUACCGGCUGGUGCCGUCGAGGAUCAAGGAGGAACGCUUCUGGAAACGAUACUUCGGAGCCAUCAAAAACAUUCUCACACAAGAGGUGCAUACGCCUGUCUGUCUGUCUGUCAGCCAGAAAGGCAGAGAGAUAGAGAGGGAGAUACAUACAUACCUGCAUGGCCACAGUGGCCCGCACCGUCCCUGUCUGUGGGUGUCGUGCUGGUCCAUCAUUGUGUCCAUUACUCAGUUGCUGGCCACGCCCACAGCUGAGAAGACCCACGCGCCGCCCACCCCACUCCCCUUCCCCAUCAAGGCCUCCCUGCAGAACGGCCUCCCGCCACGCCCGUCAUCCAUCGCACCCGACGCAGCACAGCCGCACACGCACUCGAUGAACGGCACCGCCCAGCCUAACGGCGUCCCCCACCAGACCGACGCCCCCUCGCCCCCCUACCAUCCUCAGCCCAUGAUGGCCGCUGCGCCGCACCAUGCCGCUCCCACGAUGCCGUACUACGCGCCCCCCAAGAUGGCGAGUGGGGUGGACCCCAGGCAGGGACUACUUUCCGCGGCGACGGCUGCAGCCAUGUGGGGCGGAAUGGGCGGUGGGGGUGGGGGUGGGGGUGGCCACCAACAGCACCCACACCACCACCAGUACCACCAGCAGCGACAACAAGAGCAGCAUGGUGGGAUGAACGGCCAUGUAGGGAACGGCAUAUGAAUGCGUUAGACAGACAGACAGACAGGUGGCGGUAGGUAGACAAACGAACGAUGGGUGGGUGGGUGGAUGAGGCAGCCCAGCCAGGCAUGGCAUGUAGGUGGGCAGAGCAGGGCAGGGCAGCCGGGGAGCGAGUCGGUUCGGUUGCGGGUAUUCAUUGAUUGGUGUGUACAAAAAGAGAGACAAGGAAAGCAAUUCGUAGCUAGUGAGGUGUUUGUUCGUAGCAGCAGAUCUGAUGACGGUGCGGUGCGGUGCGGUGCGGUGCGGCGUAGUGUGGUGUGGUGUGUUGGUUGGUCACAAUGAAUGGGUAAAAUGGGUAGCCAGCCAGCCAGCCUUGUUUUGACCCGGCGAGGGAUAUCCCGUGUGCACACACACACACAUGCCCCCACACAUGCACCCGUUGAGAACACCCGUUGAAAACACCCGUUCAUCGUGCGUGUAUGUAUCCCUAGAGAUCGAUGUCGUGCUCAUUCAAUUAGCGAUUUGAUUGACUGACUGACUGACUGAUCGCCGUGCCGUGCAGUGCAUGCUGCGGGUUUCAAUAAUCGUGAGUGAUACGAUACCGUCCAAAGGCUU